CACAGCAGCCAUGUUGGCUGGUGGCUGUUAGUGUUCUGACAUCAUGAUGAUGAUGAUGAUGAUGAUGAUGAUGAUGAUGAAGGCAGCCUGAUCUUGUCCAGAAACUAUCAGCGGCUGUUUGAUCUCCCGAAUCUCGCGGUACUUUGGAAAGCGGCACGAGCGCGCUUUAUGGUGCUCGUACUCGUCAUCGUGUGCUCGUUCCCUCCAGCGCGCGCUCCCGCCGACCGACUUGUCUCUGUACAAAUUCGGGCUGCGGUUCCACGCGCUCCUUUCUCUCUAAAGUUGCUCCAGUUUCCGGAGCUGAAAGGAGGAGGAGGAGGAGGAGGAGGAGUCAUCAGCGGAGAUCUUCCUCCUGAGAAACCAGGAGCAGCUGGAGCGACUGUUGCUGCAAGGAUGAGGAGCGGCUGGAUUCUGCUGAUCCUGGUUCUGAGCUGCGGAGCCACGUCGGCGGCAGCAGCCAGCAGCUCCUCUCAGAGAGACGACUUGUUCCUGGAUGAUGACGGAUCAGGCGGUUUCUACCCAGAAGACGAUGAUGACUUUAGCUCCGCCUCCGGCUCAGGUGGAGAAGAAGAGAAGCUGGAGGAGACGAUGACGGUCAGCAGGGUUUAUAUCGAUCCCAGAGCAGCAGAACCCACCAAGGACGCCACCAAGUUCUUCACUCCAAGCGUGGAGCCCGGCGUGGAGGGAAAGGCCGCGAAGACGGAGGAUCCACUUCCAGCCACAGAGGACCAGAACCAGUUGACCAGUAGCACCAGAUCUCCUGGUUCUGCUCUGGAAACCGUUGAAGUUCGAACUGAAACCCUUUUCCAGAGGACGGAGGUGUUGGCAGCUGUUAUUGCAGGCGGCGUGAUCGGCUUCCUGUUUGCCAUCUUCCUCAUCCUCCUGCUGGUGUACAGAAUGCGGAAGAAGGAUGAAGGCAGCUACGACUUGGGAGAGAGGAAGGCUUCUGGAGCAGCCUAUCAGAAAGCUCCCACCAAGGAGUUUUAUGCAUAAAGUCUGGUCUCUGUGACAACCUGUUGCCAUGGCGACCUUCCGUCUCCUCCUGGAGAGUAAAGAUGUCCGCUUCAUGUUCCUCAUGAUGCUCCUCCUGCCGUUUGUUCUGACCCGCCAGGCCCGGUUUGGUUCUUUUAUUAAUGUGGAUCAGAGCCUGAAGACAGAGUCUCUGUUGGUGGAUCUUUGCACAGUUCUGGAUGAGAGGCUGAAGGUUUUGAUCCAGAUGGGAAGCAGCAGAACCCAUUCUCCACUGAGACCCAACCAGGUCUCAGUGAAGAAAAGGUCUCUGCUCUCCUCUGCUGGUCCUGGUAGAACCUCACAUAUACUUUAGUCUCUUUAGGUCUGAAUCAGGUUCACUAAUGAGAGAAACCUUCAAAGUGCCUUCAUGUCUGUUCAGAACCAGAGACCCUCAGAGUGUUUGUUAAUCCUCUCAAUUGGACCAUUGUCGUUGGAUCCAACACUGAAUAAACUUUGAGGCCUAAAAUCU